UAUUGUUCACUAGCUAUAGUUUUUAUUAUAAUAUGUUAUUAUAUUUAGAACUCAUUUUUAUAAUAAUUAUAUAAGCAAUAUGUCACAUCGUAAGACUGCACAAUCGAAGUCCAAGAAAGAGGAAGGUGAUUUCUCAUCAGCUAAAGGUGGUAUUGAAAAUGUGAUACAAGAAGAGGAAAGCGACAACACUGUUUCAGCUCUUCUUACAAUUUUCAUUAUAUUCACUUUCGCUUUCAUUGCAAUGUUAUUUUUAUACUUAAAUUCACCACAACUAUCCACAAAUGAUGCUGCUAAAGUGAAGCUACCAAAAAGUCUUGAUGAUGCAAAGGACUUGGGUAAAGUAAUAUCGAGUUAUAAGGACGAUUAUUAUCCACAUGUUUUAACUGCAUUCACACUAACAUAUAUUUUCCUGCAGUCAUUUGCAAUACCUGGUUCUAUUUUCCUGAGCAUUUUAUCUGGAUUUUUAUUUCCAUUUCCACUGGCGCUAUUUUUAGUGUGUUUUUGUUCAAGCUGUGGAGCUUCGUUUUGUUACUUAUUGUCGUCUGUGAUUGGCAAAAAAGUAGUAAAAAAAUACUUUCCCGAAAGGAUUAAAAAAUGGAAACAACAGGUUGAAAAACACAAUAAAGAUUUGUUAAGUUACAUAACAUUUUUACGAAUCACGCCAUUUUUACCAAACUGGUUCAUCAAUAUUACAUCACCAGUCCUGAAUGUACCCCUUUUACCGUUUGCUUUGGGAACGUUUAUUGGUGUGGCACCGCCGUCAUUCGGUUUUAUAAGUGCUGGUGUUGAAUUGUAUGAAUUGACCACAACUGGAGAUGCAUUUUCCUUUAAAUCUAUUGUAAUUGUUAUUGGCUCUGCUGUUGUUUCGUUGCUUCCAGUGAUAUUUCGCAGAACACUUCAGAAAAAGCUGGAUUAAAUAGUUAUAAAAUAUUUUAUUGAUUUUUGAAGUAUAGUCCUUUCUGCAGAUUUUUUGAUGAAGGGUACAUGAAUUAAAUUAGGCAUAUUAAACAUUUUAUUAAUUUUUUUAAAAAUUAAGAAAUAAAGUUGUUACAAUGCUUUAAAGACGUUGGAGCGAACAACUGAAUAUUGAUACUGUCUUUAAUAAAGAAAGACAUUACCUUUUUUCUGUUCUUUCUUAAAUUUUAUUGUCUGGUAAACACAACAUCUUAAGAAAUAUUAAGAAAGUUUUGCAUUUUAUUUUUUUUGUAGUUUGUGGCUAUUUUAAAGAAAAAUAACAUAUUUUGAUUUGUUAAAAUCAAAAUUACUUUUAGCAGCUAGCUUCCACACGCUCCAGCAACUGCUCGACCAAUCAUACUUAGAAGAAAAAUUGUCUUUAGCCUCAUUUUAAUUCAUUCUUUAGUAUUCGAAAAAACAGUCAAAUGAAAUCUGAAUAGACUGUAGUAAGUUACCAUAUUUACUCUUUUUUCAUUCCCGCAUCGGGAGUAAUAUAUAAAUACAGUUGAUUAUUUAAGAAGCAACCAAACUAGUUAGCAACAUUUAUAAAUUACUUGAUUUUGUGUACACCAAACAGCAAGGUCAUGUUUUUAUUUUGUAUGUUAUGAAAAACUAUUAGUCUCUGUAGCCUAACUAUCGAAACAACUAUCAUCAAAUUUCGUUGUGAAUUUUAUUUAUGGUGUUAUUACUGGUUGUUAUUUUAAAAAAAUAUUUAUUCAUUGUCA